AUGGCUGUUGCACAUGAGCAGAAGAUAGUACAUCGCGAUAUCAAAGGCGACAACGUGCUUGUCAAUACCUACAGUGGUGUGUGCAAAAUAUCUGAUUUUGGGACCUGUAAGCGCUUGGCGGGUUUGAAUCCGGUCACCGAAACAUUUGCCGGCACGCUGCAAUAUAUGGCACCGGAAGUGCGUGCUGUCAUUGAUCACGGACAGAGAGGAUACGGCGCCCCGGCAGAUAUUUGGAGUUUUGGUUGUACGAUGGUUGAAAUGGCUACCGGACGUCCACCGUUCGUGGAGCUCGGUUCGCCACAGGCAGCAAUGUUCAAAGUUGGCAUGUUCAAAACUCAUCCACCGAUACCGGAGGGUCUCAGUGAGCGAUGCCGGCGAUUCAUCUUAAGAUGCUUUGAAGCGAAUCCACAAAAACGCGCCACAGCAGCUGAGUUGCUUGCCGAUCCUUUCAUUCAGCAGUAUAUACCACACUCAAAUCGAAGUGGCAGUGCAAAUAAGAAACAUUUCGAGACUUGGAAACAUAACAGAGGUAAGUUCGCGUAUUUCUGCUUCAUUUAG